CGAGAAAUACGAAGCAGUUAUGGUUCUCAGUGGAGUGGGGAUGCUCUAGGUUAUAAGAAUGGUUUGUGGGAAUUCUGUUACAGAGGUACUCAAAUUCAUGAAGAACUAGAAAACUCGGAGGACUUGAUAAAAUUGACAUUAAAGGAUGGAGGGUUAGUGACGACACUGUACUACACAUUGCUACAGCAGAAGUGUUGGUUUCUGAAUGGACAACAACGGAAGAGUUAUUGAGCAUUAUGGCUACAAAGUACAAGAAGACAUGUGCCGAGGAUAUGUGGGAAAGAGCUCCUGCUCAGACCACAACAAAGGCAUGUUUCAUGUUACAACCUCUUGAGGAAAAAGGUUACAUUAUACCAUUUAAUGAACGAGGUGGAGGAUGUGGUGCAGCUAUGAGAUCCAUGUGUAUAGGUUUGAUGUUUCCUUGUGAAGAUCAAAUUGAAAUGUUAAUUGAAAUUGCUGUUGAAAGUGGAAGGAUGACUCAUAAUCACCCCACAGAUGUUUUAUCUUCAACUCUUCCUUUGAUUAUUUACUUGAACAAGCCAUUACCAUGAAUGUUUCAUAUCCUUUUAUCUAAUAUCAAUUUAUAAAUUAAAUAAAAGAAGGUUGACUUUAGGUUUGCAUAAGUCUAUGCAAUCCAUCAUUUUCUAGAACCACAUCUCAAAUGCCUCCAUCCUUCUAACAUUGCUCACUUUAAAUGACCAUAUCUUUGAUCCAUCCCUUUUAUCGCUUUUCCACAUUUCCAAAUUUCUGUC